GUUUCACAUUAUGACAUUAUUCACAACUACAUUGCAUUCUCGUGAGAAAACCGAUGUCCUUCUACCAGGUGUGACGAGCCCGAUGAUGAAUCUUUUGCUGGAAUACGCAUAUUUGCGAUCUAUUGAUGUGAAUCGUGAAAAUGUAUGCGAAUUAUUGACCACGGCGGAUUAUUUAAGCAUUCUGGGUGUACUUGAUCUAUGCUGCGACUAUCUAAGGGAUAAUUUGGCGCCGGAAAAUUGCAUCGGAGUGAUGAGAUUUGCUCGUCAGCAUUUUUGCAAAAAGUUGGAAAAUGAUGCUUAUCGUUUUAUUGUAGGACACUUUGUCGAGGUAUCUCAGAGAAGCGAAGAAAUUUUAUAUUUACCCAUCGAGGAAUUGAAGCCGUUAGUCGGCGCCGAUGAACUAAACGUGAAAAGCGAGCAGACAGUUUGGGAAUUAAUAUUGAGAUGGAUAAAUCACGAUCUAGAAUCUAGAAAAGAUUAUAUAGUGGAUCUAAUGAAGAAUAUUAGACUUGGUCUCUUAGACACGCAGUUUUUUCUGGAGAAUGUCAAGGAUCAUCCUUACGUCGUGGGCAAUGACGCGUGUAGGCCCAUCAUCAUCGAAACUCUGAAAUUUCUAUACGAUUUGGAAAUGAUCACCCAGAAGGACGGAGAAGUGCCGACACCGGAAAUUGCGCGACCUAGAGUACCACAUGAGAUUCUGUUCGCCAUCGGUGGAUGGAGCGGCGGAUCACCGACAAAUUAUAUCGAGACUUAUGAUACAAGAGCAGAUCGAUGGAUCCCGAUCGAAGAAACAGAUCCAACCAGUCCACGAGCUUAUCAUGGACUCGCAGUGAUUGGGUUCAAUAUCUACGUUAUCGGAGGGUUUGAUGGGGUCGAUUAUUUCAACAGUUGUCGUUGUUUCAACGCGGUGACCAAGGUGUGGCGAGAGGUUGCUCCCAUGAACGCUAGAAGAUGUUACGUUAGUGUGGCAGUUUUGAACGAUCUGGUCUACGCGAUGGGAGGAUACGAUGGAUAUCAUCGGCAAAAAACGGCGGAGCGUUACGACUACAAGACAAAUCAGUGGUCUCUCAUUGCACCUAUGAAUGUGCAGAGAUCUGAUGCCAGCGCAACUACUUUGAAUGAUAAAAUAUAUAUUACGGGCGGGUUCGACGGACACGAUUGUCUGAAUACAGCCGAAGUAUAUGAUCCAAACACCAAUCAGUGGACAAUGAUAACUGCAAUGAGGUCACGCAGGAGCGGCGUGUCGUGCAUAUCUUAUCACGGCUACGUAUAUGUUAUUGGAGGCUUCAAUGGAAUAUCGAGAAUGUGCAGCGGGGAAAAAUAUAAGCCUUCUACGAACACGUGGAGUCAUAUUCCGGACAUGUAUAAUCCGCGUAGCAACUUUGCCAUUGAAGUCAUUGAUGAUAUGAUUUUUGCUAUUGGUGGAUUUAACGGUGUCACUACGACAUAUCAGGUGGAAUGUUACGAUGAAAAAACAAACGAAUGGUAUGAGGCAACAGAUAUGAAUAUAUGCAGAUCGGCAUUAUCGGCCUGCGUUAUCAUGGGUCUUCCAAACGUAUACGAUUAUAUACACAAGCACCGCGAGCGAUUGAUGGAGGAGAAACGUCAAAAGCUACUGGCUCACGAAGUACGCCGGAGUCAGCAUCAACAACAACAGGAACAGGAGCAAAUGAGACAAACUUUGCAGAUUACUCAAGCCGUACCAACACCACCACCUCUACCACGAGCAAACGAGAAUGAUAAUAAUAAUAAUAAUAAUCGUUGGCGUUAAAGUCAAUAAUUAUUAUCGUUAAAUUGAAGAGAUCAUGCAACAUCUAUCUCAUUCAAUUCAUCCGCGAUGCAAAUUUUAGAUUAUUGCCAGUCGUACGGAAUAAUAAUCACAAAGAUAAAUUAAAAAACCAAUGUCAUUUGAUCAUCUGAUCAAAUUGUCAAUAUAAUUGUCAAUAUUGAUAAUAGCACAGAGACAACAGUUUAUACAUACUUAUCAAUUAUAUUAUUCUUGUCUAUUUCACGAAAAGAAUAUUUUCAGACUGCUAUUUACUCAUCUUUGUUAAGUUAAAUCUUUUUUGAUACUGUAGAUAUUUUCUAUCGAAUUCUUUUACGAUAUAAUUUUACACAUACUAUAUAAUGUCAUCUUGAAUAAUUGAAGUAAUUUGGAGGACAAACAGCCAUUUUUAUCGCAAAUAUUAAUAAUAUUCUAUUGUUACACAUAAUAAUACUAACACAGAUUGAAACAGCUGCAACAUACAUAUUGAAAAGACCAAAAACAUUGAAGACAAGUAAAUGAUAAAAUGAGGCGAGAAAUGCAGAAACAGAGAAAUAUAGCAACAUAAUCUGAUGAGAUAUAAAAUAAUUUUGUAACAGAAAACAACAAAUUGCCCAUCCAAAUAAGCGUUGGCAAAAUAAUUUCUUAAGUCCGACUUAUAACAGCAAUGCUCUUUCUACAUGUGUAACAAAAAAUAAAAUUGCAGUAAUUCAUACAAAAUUGUUCUUUAUUCAUAAUAAUUAUGAUUUAUCACACAAAUAAAUGUCUAUUGUUUUAGCAAGUUAAAUAUAAAUGGACUAAUCUGUAAGGUAUACAAAAUGCUCUUAUAUUUUUCUACAAAAUUAUGUGUAGAUUAUUAUAUUUAUAUUUAUAAAUCUUAUUAUUAUUAUAUGUUUUUAAGGAUAACAAAUUCUUUUAUCAUAAAUGAUUAGUUAGACGAUUCUAGAUGUAUUUUGAAUAAUUUGUUCCCCUUAUUAAAAGAAUUAUGAUUGAAUAAAGUUUGGCAAAUCAUCGAUCUUUAGCCAGACGCACGUCCGUGAAGCGCUGUAAACAGCUGAACGUUCACUCUCAACGCACACAUAUCAGGCGCGUGUAUCCAGCUGAAGGUCGGCGCUGAAUAGCUAAACUUCACUCAAAUAACCUUUUUAUUAAGAGUUAUAGAAAAAAAUGAUACAAAACUUUUCUUCUCAGUUUUAUCUGUUCUAUCUGUACGACGGCUGAUGCGAUCGA